AUGUUUAAACGGUGGCUUUUGGCCCUGUUGGCACGGGUCGGCCUCAUUGUGCUGGGCCUCUGCUGCUGUCUGACCCUGUUCUACCUCCUCGCCUGUAAACCGACGUCUCACGGCAGCCAGCAGUCUCUGCUGUGGUCAGGAGGGGCCACCAGUAAGGAGGGAUAUAUGGCCUUGUUGCAAGAGAGGGAGGACUCUCACAGACAUUACAUCAACAGCCUGACCAAGCAGAUAGCCCAGCUGAAGGUGGCUCUCCAGGACAGGACAAAGCAGCUUCAAGAGUCCCUGGAAAAAGCUAAAACAAAAGGGAUCCUGCCUCAAGGUCUGGAGAGUCUGCACAAAACCCCGACACAGACCGACCUGAAGGAUUUCUUGCGCUCCCAGCUGAACCAGGCGGAGGUUAUCUCAGGUGAACAGCUGCCCAACGAAUACGCAGUGAUACCUUAUGACACUUUCACCCUGCGGAGAGUGUACCAGCUGGAGACGGGGCUGACGAGGCACCCCGAGGAGAGGCCCGUGAGGAGAGACCACAGAGACGAGCUGAUAAACACAGUGGAAACAGCUCUGCACAUCCUGAACGGACCUCAGCAACACAUAGACAACACCAGACGAAAGCGCACACACUCCCCUUCAGACUUCAUAGAGGGGUUGACCCGUACCGAGCGGGACAGAGGAACCAUUUACGAGCUGCUGUUUAAAGGCGACGGCCCGCAGGACUUCACACAGCUCGUGCUCUUCAGGCCGUUUGGUCCCGUGAUGAAGGUGAAGAGUGAGAGCGUGGACACCCGCAGCAUGCUCAUCAACAUCAUCGUACCUCUUUCUAAGAGGCCGGACACAUUCAGGCAGUUCAUCAACAACUUCAGAGAAGUGUGCAUCCAGCAGGACGGCAGGGUUCAUCUGACUGUUGUCUACUUUGGUCGAGAUCAGAUAGAUCAGGUGAAAGCCAUGCUGGACCAGACCACCAGGGAGACUCGGUUCAGAAGCUUCACUUUGAUCCAGCUGAAUGAGGAGUUUUCUCGUGGCCGUGGUUUAGACGUGGGCGCCAGGGCGUGGAGGCGGAGCCAAAAUGUCCUGCUCUUCUUCUGUGACGUUGACAUCCACUUCACCGCGGACUUCUUAACUUCCUGUCGUCUCAACGCAGAGCCCGGUAAGAAAGUGUACUAUCCAGUGCUCUUCAGCCAGUACAACCCCUCUAUUAUCUACAGUAAUCAGACACUUCUACCCGCCGUUCAAAAACAGCUGGUGAUAAGGAAGGAAACUGGAUUCUGGAGAGACUUUGGGUUUGGCAUGACAUGCCAGUACAGGUCUGAUUUCCUUAACAUAGGUGGUUUUGACCGUAACAUCAAAGGUUGGGGGUUGGAGGACGUGCACCUGUACAGGAAGUACCUUCACAGUAAGCUGAUGGUGAUUCGCUGUCCGUCUCGAGGGCUUUUCCACUUGUGGCACGAGAAGAACUGUGCAGACGAGCUCCCUCCGGACAAAUACAAGAUGUGUAUGCAGACCAAAGCCAUGAGCGAGGCCUCGCACGGCCAGCUGGGAGAGCUGUUCUUCAAACGAGAAAUUGAGGUUCAUUUGAGCUCCGAGAAGCAGAGGAACAGAGGAACAUGA